CGCCAGACAUGAGACGAACACACAUAGAUAGCUGAUGUUGGUCUUCUCGAGUAAACCGAACCGAUGAGACUCGUUCGGUUCUGUUUAGUUGCCCCCUCAUGUUCUGCAGUCAUCAGCAAUAGUAGAGACUGGGGUUAGAAUUAGCUCCAACUCGAGCAGCAGGGUGAUCCGUUCCGUAUCAGCGCAGUUCCGUGGCUAGUCAUCGAUUGCAAAAAAAAAUAGCGCAGGGCCGUUUAAUCAUCUAUUGUUCUCCCACAUAUGUGGAAAUUCAAGGAAAGCCAAGGCCCUCGUUCAGCGAAGAAAAGAAGAAGGGAUACAUCCAAAAUAUGCCGCUUAUGCCUGGGCAAGGAAGCAAAGUUGACUCGCAAGUUUAGAGAUGAAAUGAAUGAGACGACAGAUGAAGGGCUGCUGAAAAAGAUAUUGGAUUGUACCACAGUGAAGAUAACCGUUAAAUCCAACUAUCCCGGUUCUAUUUGUGCGAUCUGCGAGUACAAGCUGACGGAGUACAGUCGCUUCCGGGAGAAGUGUAUCGAAAAUGACGCUCUAUUACGCACAUUACUGGACUUCGAUGAGCCCAACAGCAGCAACGAUGACAAACUCAGUUCAACCGAAUCGGUUAGCGACAGUAUCGAGCUUAUCGAGUACACCGAAGCGGACGAACUCAAGGAAAUGGAAAUGCAAAUGUACGGUUCGUCCGACGAAACCAAUCAAAGCCAGGCAGAAUCUGAACCAGUUGCUGAACCUCCUAACACAUCUACCUCCGAGCCGGAGAAGACAAUUACCGUGAGCAUUCCUUCGACACUGAAAAUUACAAAGGUUGUAUCCCAAGCCGAUGUAAGUGGCAAGGCUACUGCCGAAAAAUCGGCUGAACCAGUCAAGGAAAAGCCGAAAAUUAGUUUAGUUCCACUUUCUGCACUAGCUGCUCCACCUCGGGUUCCGUCACCAGUUCCUGCAAGUAUUUCACCGGUCGUUCCAACUAUUCUAUCUGUCACAUCCGGGGGAAUGGUUUCUCCCGAUAUUGAUGAAGCCUCUGAACCCGGUUCUAGUAUUGGCAGAUCAAAAGACCCAGCAUCUGAUGAUUCUGCCGAUUCCAGUGCCGGGAAUACAUCAGGGGAACCUUUCGAAUGUACAUUUUGCAAUCGGCCCUUCCGCAACAAUUAUACUCUCAAGAGACAUAUGAAUCUGCACACUGCGGAAAACCUUUACACCUGUGAAUAUUGCAACAAAAAGUUCAACGAUCGUUCAAACUGGAGGAUUCAUCUGCGAUCGCAUACCGGCGAUAAUCUGUUGCGUUGUGCGGUUUGCUUCAAAACGUUCAUCUCGCCGUCUACCCUGAAGUAUCAUUUGCGUUCUCACCGCAAGAUGAAGGUGUUCGAGUGUAAACUUUGCAUGGAAACCGCCAGUACCUAUGAGGAUCUGGCGCACCACGUCGUCGACAAGCACGGUGACGUUCGGCUGGACGAUUUGACUAAGGCCGUUGAGGACGGUGUUAUCGCUGGGGAUUUCCUGAAGAUUGAAAUGGAUUCUGAAGAUACAAAUAUGGAAGCUUCGGCACCACCGGCAGCUGUUGCGGACAGCGGUACAACAAAUGACGCUGUCAAAAUCAAGGAGGAACCAAUGGACCAGGAUGUUGUUCUGAUCAAAGAAGAACCGAUGGAUGACGAAAUAUCGGAAACGGCCGGGUCGAACGCUAUGGAGCAACUAACAGAAAUUGUACCAAGCACGGGAGAGGAAGCGCCACCGGUAAUCCUGUUCCGCUGCGACUAUUGCAUGAAGAUAUUCAAAUAUCUGUACGAGCUGCGAGUACACAUGAAGUUGCACAACGGCACCAAAGACACAACGCCUGUCGAAGUUACGCCAGCAGCUCCGGCGCAGAAAACAACCACCGUCAAAAUAGUUUCUUUAGACGGCGCGAAAAAGGCUCAACCGCCGGCCAAGAAACCUCGCCAUCCCUCGAUUGAUGAGGAUGUGGGAGAACUGGCCAAUGCUCCGCUUCCUGCUCACAAGUGCAACAAGUGCGACAAACGGUUUCGUACCGAAGAGUUGCUCAAGGUACAUGUUGAUACUCACCAGCAGGACGAUGAUGUAGAACAGUCCCGCAGUUGCAAAAUGUGUUUCAAAACGUUCAAAUGUGAACUGAAUCUGGUAGCGCAUAUGAAAAAGCACCACCCCCUGGAAUCUUAUGUAGCUGAACAACAGCAGCUAGAAAAACGAACCCAAGACAAAAAUGAUAAAACAACUGCUAAUGGGGAGGAAGGAUCGGCCUCUAAAUCUUCUGAAACGAAUGGUGGACCUUCAACGUCGGCGAGCGGAUCUCAAACUGGUCCCCGAAGGUGUGAAAUCUGUGCGCUGAGCUUCGACUGCUGCUACAAACUGGAAAAGCACGUACUAACGCACUUCCGUAACAACGAAGCGGUUGCUUUUGUGCCAUCGGCCGAUCGGCCAUACAAGUGUACCGAGUGCCAUAAGCGGUUCAAGAGGAAGGACUACUUGUUGAUCCACAUUCGGACGCAUACCGGUGAACGGCGCCACAAGUGUGACCUAUGUUCGAGUGCGUUUGUGCACCCAUCGAAUCUUAUCACUCACCGGAAGCUGCACUCAGAGGAACGGCCAUUCAAGUGCGAUCUCUGUCCCGCGGCAUUCAAGCUGUACGCUGGGCUGAAGAUACAUCGAAAACGGUGUGCGGUAAAGUAUCUGCAGGAUAACAGUAUCACUACUAUAAUUUAAACCGAUAGCUUAGCAUGUUAGGUUAAAAUCAGAUUGUAUAUGUAUGUGUUAUGUACAUUUCAUAACCGCAGAAUAUCAGAAUAUUUUUUUCUUCACAUUUUCAACUGUGGACGAUUGCUCAUUUGUUUUUAUGAGCAAAACAAAAUUCUAAAUUAUAUUUCUGUCUCUUUCUGAAAACGGACACAACCUAGCUUCUAUUGAAUAAGAGAUUUUUUCUGUUUUAUGCAGCAAACAACAAAAUUGUAAAUUUAACCCCCUUUAAUUGUAAGUUUAAAUAGGCAGGAAGUGUUUGUAUGGAAUGUGUGCAUGAACUGUGAAACAGAGAUGACGAACAUAUGUCUAGGUGUAGGUUGACAAAACAAAUACCGGUGUACGGUUAACUGUUAGCAGUACACCAUUGCUUUGUUAAUAAAUGACGAAUCGUUUAUAUUGUACUUUUUGUUCAAAUUUUUCUGACUUAAGAAGUGUAGCAAUAAAUAAAUUACAAAAUAUUUUCAAAACU